AUGCCUCUUCAUCUCCUUGGCAAAAAGUCAUGGAACGUAUACUCGCCGGCCAAUGUUGCUCGGGUCAAGGCCGACGAGGCCGCCGCCGCCGCUCGCGAAGCUGCCGAAGAGCAGCGCAUGCAGGAGCUCGAUGCCACGCGACGAGCCGCCAUACUACGAGGCGAGACACCGCCACCACUUCCAGAGGAGGGUGCAGAAAACGAUAAAAGGAAAGCCGACGGAAGAGAAGGGCAUGAUCGAAAGAGACGGAAGUUGGCCGGUGAGGAUGACACGGAGAGAGACAUUCGGUUGGCAACGUCUGCCGCCGCGCCCAAGGAAGACGCGAAUAACGAUGCAAAACUCCUGAAGCUGAGGAAGCCAGGGAGCGACGCUCCGUUGACCGACCACGCGGGCAACAUCAACCUCUUCCCGGUAGACCUGAGAGAGGCGAAGAAGCGCGAGAAGAAUGAGGAGGCUGAGAAAGAAAAGAGGAAGAAGGAGAAAGCUCUGGAGGAUCAGUAUACCAUGCGCUUCUCGAAUGCAGCGGGCAGAGGCGGACUGGAACAGCCAUGGUACGCUGCUGGUGGAAGCAAAACUGCAGAGAACCAUGACGCACUGCUAGGAUAUCAAAACAAGGACGUUUGGGGCAACGAAGAUCCACGCCGGAAGGAAAGGGACCAAGCCAGAAUCACCUCGAAUGACCCCUUCGCCUUCAUGCAGAAGGCUCAGACCCAGCUGAAGAAGUCCCGCGAUGACAAGAAGAAGUGGGCCGAGGAGCGGGAUCGUGAACUCCGAGAGCUAAGGGCUGCGCAGGAGAGGAAAUCUAGGCGGGAGAGACAUGGCAAAAGAAAGGGACGACAUAAAGAAGAGCCGGGCGAGAGCUUAUCACUCGACCGGCAACGCGAGAGAGACAGAUCGUCAAAGCACAAGCGUCGCCAUCGCAGCCGGAGCCGGAGCCCCGAAAAACUACUUGAGCACAAGUCAUCUCAUCGACGCGAGAGGAAACGUAGUCGAAGCUGGACUUCAGGCGGCGACGGACAACAUGAACGGAAGUCUUCCCAUCGACAUGAGCGAGAACGCGCGGAUGGCCUGUACGAGAGGAAGACGGAACGUAGCCCAAUACAUCUGUCGGAGGGAUAUCAGGCCCGUGCCGCGGAAGGGGGCCGGCGUAUGGUGUAGUAUAAAAUCCGAGGAUUACCUAGGUAUCGUCGAGAAUGACUAAUCAAUAUACCCAUUCCCAC